AUGGGCAGCGAAGAGCAAUCAUCGAUAAACGUUUCAACCAAUGGCAAGAAACAAAUCAUACUCAAUGCUUUUGUCAUGAACACCCCCGGCCACUUGGCCCCAGGUCUCUGGAAGCACCCACGCAACAAGACGGAUCAAUACAAGAAACUGUCCUUCUGGACCGACCUGGCACAGUUGCUUGACAACGCUGGCUUUCAUGCCAUGUUCAUCGCCGAUACCUUGGGUCCCUACGACGUGUAUAAAGGACCGGCAAAUGUGGUCCCGGCCUUGGCUUCCGGUGCUCAAUUCCCGGUAAACGACCCGCUCUACCUGGUCCCGUCCAUGGCGGCGGCGACCAAGAACCUCAUAUUCGGGGUGACUGCAAGCUUGACCUACGAGAAGCCUUACGCUCUGGCGAGACGACUUUCGACAGUGGACCACCUGAGUGAGGGCCGUCUGGCCUGGAACAUCGUCACCUCGUAUUUGGAUAGUGCGGCCCGAAACCAUGGCUUGAAGGAGCAAAUUCCGCACGACGAGCGCUACGCCAUUGCACACGAGUAUCUGGAAGUUCUUUACAAGCUGUGGGAAGGCAGCUUCCGAGAUGACGCCGUUCUGGCGGAUCGCGAAGCCGGAACCUACAUCGCAAGCGACGCCGUCACGCAAAUCAACCACAAGGGCAAAUAUUUCGAGGUGCCUGGUCCCCAUUUUGUCGAGCCCUCGCCUCAACGCACGCCUUUUCUCUUCCAGGCCGGCGUCUCGGAGGCAGGAAACGGUUUCGGUGGCAAGCAUGGUGAGGCCAUCUUUAUUGGGGGACAAACGGCGGAAGGCGUUCGGAAGACAGUCGACAAUCUCCGCGGGAUUGCUGCCUCAGAGGGAAGAGAUUCAAAACAUAUCAAGAUUAUCGUGGGUAUCAACGUCAUCGUUGCGCCAACGGAUAAAGAAGCGGAAGAAAAACGGCAAGAGUAUCUGAAGUACGCCGAUACAGAAGGAGCGCUCGCGUUGUUUGGUGGUUGGACAGGAGUGGACUUGUCGAGCUUCCCGGAUGACGAAAACUUCCUUGUGACCGAGUCUCCCCGUAUUCAGUCCAUCAUUCGACGCUGGUCAGACACCGUUCCAGGAACCGAUAAUCUCCCGUGGACGAAGCGUCGUAUCGUGGAAUACCUCAGCAUCGGUGGUCUGGGCGCGAAAGUCGUUGGCAGCCCUACCACUGUCGCCAACGAGUUGGAACGGUGGAUUGAAGUUGCCGAUGUUGAUGGAUUUAAUCUGGCACACAUCACUAAUCCAGGUACCUUUGAAGACAUCAUUCAAUACCUCCUGCCCGAGCUGCGCAAACGUGGGAUUUUCAGAUCCGUUUUCGAGAAGGAGGGAGCAACUGCGAGAGAGGUGUUCAUUGGCUCCAAAAGACUACCUGAAGAUCAUCCUGGCAGCAGAUACAAAUGGCGAGCCGGUGAGAAAGAACCACCCUUUUUGACCAAAGAAGGGGAGAAAUCAACAUGA